AGUACACAUUAUGGGGCAAAAUUGUACAAUGUAUUCACUUGAGAGUCAAGAUAGCACUAUUUCUGAAGAACAGAAAGAUCGAUUGGAAAGUAACAAGGUAAAAAUGUUAUUGCUUCCAGAAAUACACACAAAACUCUCAAUAGAGGAAGACAAAAUUCCUGAAGAUCCCUCAUCCAAAGCUGAAGAAUCUUCUAAGGAUAACUCUGAAACAACGACUGGGAACGAUAAGCCAGAAAAGAGACCAGAAAAAGAAUUACCAAGUGGAGCUAAGUACAAUGGAGAAUGGGUUGGUGAUCAAAGACAUGGUUAUGGAACUCAAAUUUGGAGAGACGGCUCAAAAUAUGAAGGGGAAUGGAGAUAUGAUAAGGCAAACGGUCUUGGCAAACUCUUCCAUGCAGACGGAGAUGUCUACGAAGGCGACUGGAAGGACGAUAAAGCCCAUGGCAAAGGAGUGUACCAACAUACCAACGGAGUUAGAUAUGAAGGAGACUGGGACCAGGAUAAAAGGCAUGGGGUUGGAGUUGAAACUUGGCCAGACGGAGUGAGAUUCUCUGGGGAAUACAGAGAUGGAGAGAAGAAUGGCAAAGGAGAGCUUUUAUUUCAUGAUGGUUCUAAGUACAAUGGAAAUUUUAGUGAUGAUGAAAUUAAUGGCUAUGGAGAGUAUCUUUGGACUGAUGGGAAAAUUUAUGUUGGAUACUGGGAGUAUAACAAGAUGAGUGGUCACGGGAAACUUCAGUGGGCAGAUGGAAAAUUAUAUGAAGGUUUCUUUGUGGAAGACAAAAGAGAGGGCUUUGGUAUACUUCAAUGGGGUGAUGGAAGAAGAUACGAAGGAAUGUGGGAAUCAGGCAAACAACAUGGCCAAGGCAAGUUUACUACUGCUUCAGGAGAUACUAAGCAAGGGAUUUGGGAGGAUGGAAAGAGAGAAAAGUGGCUAAAUGAGUAAAGUUGUAUUCAAUCAAUCCUAGAUGUGACAAUUUUACUUCAAUAAGUUAUCUA